AUGUCUUCCUCAAACGGACGUGGCUUUUACUCGCUCCCUAACUCGCCGUUCGCUGAGACUUAUCCUGACGACGACGCCAACGCCUCCAACAACCCUCCGUCCUCUCCAUCACUCCUCCACUCGACCACCACCUCCGCUCCAAUUCACCCUGCUGCAACCACCACCAACCAGACCAGCACCCAGACCUUCACCAGCGCCGCCGCAAUGCCAACGGCCGCUCAACUCUUCGCCGCGACCAUGCCGCCUCACUACCACGAGCAUGGCACCCUCUUCACCCUCCGCGGCUACGCCUACUGGCGCAAGCCACGCUCUGGCCACAGCAACGCCCGCUGCCUUGACGCUUCCGCCUCACAAUUCAUCAACACGGACGUCGUCAAAGCCAUGAUCAAGUGCGAGCGAACCGAACACAUCCUCUUCGCCACCUCACCAACCGCUGGCCGCCUCGUCACCUCACUGGAGCUCGUCCGCAACGGCAAGCGCAACGUCAACGCCGUCACCAACGCCACCCAGAUGGUGGACCUCAGCCCAGAGACCGACCGCGUGCUCAAGGACAAGGACGCAGAGGACGUCUGGAGCAAGAUGUUGGGGGAGUGCCGGGGGGAGUGGGGGUACCAGCGCGUGACCGUCGUGGAGGGCUGGGAGUUCCGAGAGUUCGCGAAGAAGGGGAAGAACUGCCCAAUUCGGGAGGGGUGGAUGCCGCUGCAGCUGAAGCAGUGGGACGACGAGGUCGACGAAGAUGACGAAGAAGAAGAAGAGUCGGACGGAGAGCUGGGGACGUACCGCUUCGACACCGGGGGAUUGGAGGAGCUAGAGGGGGAGACGAUGGUGGAGGGAGAGGAGGAGAAGGCCGCCGAGAGUGGCGAGGAGGGUGGAGAGGAGGAGAAAGACGAGUACGUAGUGGAGCCGAUUCAGGACUAG